CAUCACCAAGCGGACUAUACCCAGUUGUAAAAUUCAAGCUCGUCAGCUCGGCCUUAGUUUCACUUGCGCUGGAAAGAAGAUUGUUUGUUAUACGGCGAGUUCCAGGCCCUGCUCCAUCAUCGUCCUCGCCCACGUCUCAGCUUUGCUUGGAUCUGACAGGUUAACGUCCCUCCACGCUCUUAUAUAUAACAUUCUGUGGUCCGCGCGAUCAGCCGUCAUAGUAUACUAGUCGUGAUGAGUAAGCCCAAGGUCCUCUUGCUCGGGAUCAUAGAGCACGCCCACUUGACCUGGACCUCCCUAUCCAGCAUCGCAGACCUCAUCACUCCAGCGUCCAAAGACCGCGCCUCAUUCAUCGCUGAGUGCCGCUCCGGCUCCCUCGACGGCACCACCGUGGCCUACCGGACCUUUGACUCGAGCUCCGUGACGGGACCCGUCGAUGCGGAGCUCGUGUCGGCCCUGCCGUCGUCCCUGCGGUAUAUCUGCCACAACGGAGCCGGCUACGACAGCAUCGACGUGCCCUCAUGCACGGCGCGCGGUAUCCGGGUCUCCAACGCCCCAAAGGCCGUCGACGACUCCACCGCCGAUUUGGGCAUCUGGCUCGUCCUGGGCGCGCUGCGCAACCUCAACACCUCCCUGCUCAGCCUCCGCAAGGGCCAGUGGCGCGGCCGCCCGGCCCCUGCGCUCGGCCACGAUCCCCAGGGCAAGGUCCUGGGCAUCCUCGGCAUGGGGGGCAUAGGCCGCAAUAUGGCGCGCAAGGCAGCGGUUUUCGGCAUGACAGUUCUUUAUCAUAAUCGGACUAGGCUCGGGGAGGAGAUGGAGAGGGAGGUCGGGGUCGAGUAUAGGGGUUUUGAGGAGUUGUUGAGGGAGUGUGAUGUGUUGAGUUUGAAUUUGCCGCUGAAUAAUGCAACGAGACAUACGAUUUCGACGCCGCAGUUCGAGAUGAUGAAGCCGGGUGUGGUUAUUGUCAACACGGCGAGGGGAGCCGUUAUAGACGAAGCGGCCCUCGUUGCCGCGCUGGACUCGGGUCGUGUCGGUUCAGCAGGACUGGACGUGUUUGAGAAUGAGCCAGAGGUGCACCCGGGUCUGCUGGCAAACGAGCGAGUGUUGAUUGUCCCCCACAUGGGCACCUACUCGGUCGAGACGCAAACCAAGAUGGAAGAGUGGACCAUCUCGAACGUCCGGAUGGCAUUGGAGCAGGGCAAGCUGAAAAGUAUCGUGCCGGAGCAGAAGGACUUACAGGACUAGACGGUGGAUAAAUCGGAGUUUGGAGUAGAUGCGAGUUGGAAUUAGCGUGGAAUUUGAAGAUAUAUGGAGCAGUAGAGUUUGAACGAGCAACGAACCCUUCGAUCGUGUACUAGGAUUUCCUAUAGAAGUAUCACUAUCACAUAGUUCUAUCCUCUUAUAUGAUCAAGGGCUUAUGGCAUGCAAAAGCCAUGCGAUAGAUGUCUAAAAGAGAAAGUGACCCGCGUAUCAAGAGAGGUAUUCAAAGUCAUUACAACAAUUCUUUAGCAUCCCUAUCAGUUCCUCAUCCCACUCAUUCUACAACAAUACCAGACCUCUGAGAUGAUUUGAAGCAUUAAACCGUUACGAAUCGUUUGAGGUCGAUGGAAGGCGGACUUUUCUUCGGAACAGUCGUCAAAUCAACUCAAUCUUUCCAACUCAUCACACGAUCCUUUCUAUUAUCUUGAGACCGUCUAAGCUAGGCGACAUCUAGGCAGCUUUAACUAUUUACAACGCAG